AUGAAUUUUGUAGGCUUUAACAUCACUUACGAAAGAACCAGUUCUGCUGUCCCACAGGGCAAGGACUUUGUCACCAUCUUUAUGCAGAACUAUCUGGAAUCUUAUGGUGAAGGCGAUUUCAAGCUCUUCAUCACUGGGUACAGUCCCUCCACCACUGUAACAAUAUGGAUGAACAAGUCCAGUUUCAAAACAGUCUUGACGGUUGAUGAAAGGUCAUAUGUUACUGUCCAGAUUCCCACAAAUGCUGAGUUGCCUGGUACUUCCAAAUCCCUCAAUGUGAUUGGUAUCAAAGCUAAUAAACCUGUCUCAGUUCUAUCUCUCAAUUCCAAAUUGCUAAGUGCUGAUACUAGCAUUGUGUAUCCCAUUGAAGAUCUUGGUAUGGACUACUAUGUGGUGACACCUGUAGAUGGUCCUUCUGAUGAAUUUAAGGAGUUCUCUGUGGUGAGUUAUGAAGAACCUACCAUUGUUAGCAUCUUGUUGACUGGAUCAGUUUCCUACGAAGAGAAGACCUAUGCAGCUGGUAGCAACCUCACUGUCCUCCUAGAUCCAUACAAUGCCCUUCAGCUUCUCAGUAGUGAUAACUUGUCUGGUACUCGAGUAGUAUCUCAAAAACCUGUGGCAGUACUGAGUGGUCACACAUGUACAUGGAAGAACACAAAGUGCAAUCAUGUAUAUGAACAGCUCAGACCGGUCCCCAGCUGGGGUACCAGUUUCAUAAUACCUCCAAUAUCUGUGCAGUUAAAAUCUGAUGUCAUAUUUGUGGUGGCUGCUGAGAAAACAACAAUUGAAUAUCAAGUUAAAACAAGGAAAUCAAGCCGGAACUUAAAUGCAGGUCAAGUAAUUCAGCUGGACAUCCUUGUCCAAACCCCCCUUUAUCUCACUGCCAGUGCUGGAAUCCAAGUCAUCUACUACUGUACUGGUUGGCCAGACAAGAGUAUGACACUAUAUGACCCUCUUCUUAUGACCAUUCCUCCAGUCAGCAGUUAUUGCUCCUCUUACUACAUCUAUGGUCAGCAAGAUUUUGAAAACUACGGCUCCAUUGUAGCAAGGACCAAAGACGUCAAAAGUGUCACCUUGAAUAAAAAUCCAACUGCAGACUUGACAUGGAGUGCAAUACCAGGUACAGAUUACUCCUGGGCCACUAAGAGUUCAGGUAAAGGAUUUAGUUUUCAACUUCUGGAAAAUCCAUCUUCAACCUUCCUGUUGAUGUCCUAUGGAUUUGCAAACUUGAACGCAUACGGAUCCCCCGCCAUAUGCAAUAAUGUCACCUCAGGUCCAUCGUGUAGCACUAUAAAAUGCAGAGCUAAAGAGAAGUGCCAGAUGUCUAAUGAAAAGCCGAUAUGCGUGCCAGACUCGGAAACUUACUGCCACUCAGUUGGUGACCCCCACUACCGCACGUUUGAUGGUCGCUUUUACGACUUCCAAGGAACUUGCACUUACACCAUUGCCAAGACCUGUGGUAGUGAUAGAAGUCUCCCAGCUUUUAACAUUGACGCUAAGAAUGAAAAUCGGGGAAAUACUCGUGUGUCAUAUGUUAGCUAUAUUUCCAUACAAGUCUAUAAUCACUCUAUAUCCAUUUUGAGAUAUGAGUAUGGAUUUGUGAGGGUGAAUAACCAACGUCAACGUCUCCCUAUUGUUCUAAAUAAUGAUCAGGUCCGCUUGUAUCAAUCUGGUGGCUUUGUCGCCAUUGAAACUGACUUUAGCUUAAAGGUAUAUUAUGACUGGAACUCAGUCCUAAAAAUAUACAUCUCCAGUAGUUUUUUUGGAAGUAUUUGUGGAUUGUGUGGAAACUAUAAUGGAAACCCUUCAGAUGACCUAAUGACUCCGGAUGGUAUCCAAGCUCCUAAUAUAGCUGAAUUUGGCAAAAGUUGGAAGGUUGAAGACGGAGACAGGUUCUGUUGGCACAACUGUAAUGGGGAAUGCAAGACAUGCCCUCUUGAAAUUCAAAAAACAUACUCAAGUGAACAAAGCUGUGGUUUAAUCUCAAAGGUCCUAGAUGGUCCGUUCCGUCAGUGUUACUCUGUAAUAGAUCCCAAACCAUACCUGGAUAACUGUGUAUAUGAUCUAUGCAUGAAUGGAGGCUCCAAGCAGAUUCUGUGCCAGAGUUUAAAAACCUAUGCAGAUGUCUGCCAAAGAAACAAGGUGACGAUUGGAGAAUGGCGUGAACUUUCUGGAUGUCCAUUGCAAUGUCCAGAGAACAGUGAGUACAAGCUAUGUGCACAAACAUGCCCAGCCACUUGCAACAAUGACGCAAUGCCUUUCAUAUGCUCUAGUUCAUGUGUAGAGUCAUGUCAAUGUAAUGCUGGCUAUGUCCUUGAUGAAGGAAAAUGUAUACCAAAGACUGGAUGUGGAUGUGUCUACCAAGGCAAAUUAUACGCUCCAAAUGAAAAGUUUUGGGAUGAUAAUAAGUGUCAGAAGCAGUGCAUUUGUAACCCUUCAACCAGGAAAGUUGAAUGCAAAGUCACCAAGUGUAAGCCUUCAGAGCAAUGUUCUAUUGUAAAUGGAAUCCAGAACUGUUACCCUGUAUCAUAUGGCACUUGCUCAGCAUCAGGAGAUCCUCACUACAUCACCUUUGAUGGCUUGAAAUAUGACUUCCAGGGUACAUGCAUCUACCAGUUUGCAGGACUUUGCAAGAAGUCAGAUGAUCUGGUGGACUUCCAGGUCAAUGUACAAAAUGAAAACAGAGGCAUCAAAGUUGUUUCCUAUACCUCAGCCGUCCAAAUAAACAUCUUUACGUUUGAUAUUGUCAUCAACAGAAAUUAUAAGAACAGGAUUGUGCUUAAUGGAGUUGUAACAAACCUCCCUUUUAUUGUUGAAAAUGGCAAACUCUCAGUCUACAAGCAUGGUUAUUUUGCCAUACUUCAGACAAACUUUGGUCUACGUGUCUCCUUCAACUGGGACAGUCGGGUUGCUGUCACCCUUCCAAGCACCUAUGCUGGAGCGGUCUGUGGUCUUUGUGGUAACUUUGAUAAUGACAAGAAUAAUGAUUUCCUUAUGAAAAACAACCAGUUGGUCACAAAACCAACAGUUUUCGGAAACAGUUGGAAGGUGCAAAAUGUAACUGACUGUUAUGAGGAAGACAAGGGAGAGUGCUCAAAAUUAGCAGAGCUGGAACUCCGCCACAAUAAUAACAAACAAGGAUGCGGAAUUAUAAAGGAUAAGAACGGACCUUUCCGUGAGUGCCAUGCUAAGAUAGAUCCAGAAGGGCACUUUAAGAGUUGUGUAUAUGAUGCUUGCUUCUAUGAAGGUAGAGAGGAUGUACUUUGCAAGAUAAUUGCCAGCUAUGCCACCUUAUGCCAAGAGGCUGGAGUCACCAUAUACCCAUGGAGAACCUCAAUCUUCUGCAGUCCAGCUUGUCCAAAGAACAGCCACUAUGAAGUAUGUGCCUCUGGCUGUGCUCCAACAUGUCUUUCACUUUCUCCUCCAUUGGGAUGCAAACCUGGGUGCUCAGAGGGAUGUGAAUGUGAUGAUGGCUUCAUUCUGAGUGGUGGAGAUUGUGUUCCAAUCUCCCAGUGUGGCUGCCAAUACAAUGAUAAAUAUUACAAGCGUGGUGAAGUAUUUUUCCCCAAUGGUUUAUGCAACCAGCAGUGUGUAUGCACAGCCAGUGGAGUUGUUGAAUGUAAAGCUUUCAAUUGUGGACCCAAUGAAGAGUGCAAAGUCACAAAUGGAGUCCAGAAAUGUUUCCCAUUCGGUUCUGCCCAGUGUUCUGCUGCGGGUGAUCCUCACUACAUGUCGUUUGAUGGGCUUGCCUUUGAUUUUCAAGGCACCUGCACCUACACCCUAACUAAAACCAUUACAAAGAAGGACAACUUGGUACCUUUUGGCAUUAAUGUUAAAAAUGAGAAGUGGGGUAAUAGAAGGGUUGCAGUCACUAAACUGGUCUCUUUUGAUGUCUAUGGAUACAACCUCAUUAUUGCGUAUGAAGUUCGAGGUAAAAUCUUGGUUAAUGGCGAAUACUUUAACCUCCCUGUAAACUUGGAAGAUGGAAAGAUCCGUGCUUAUCAGCAUGGCAUAAGAGUCCAUAUUGACACAGAUUUUGGUGUUAAAGUCAAUUACGAUCUUAUCUAUCAUGUAUUAGUCACCGUUCCUGGAAACUACAAGGAUCAGUUGGGUGGCCUGUGUGGUAAUUAUAAUGGUGAUAGAAAAGAUGAGUUCCAGCUUCCUGACAAGAUGCUGACUGCAGAUGCCACCAAAUUUGGCGCCUCCUGGAAGGUCCAGAUACCUGGUGUAACAUGUGAUGAUGGCUGUGGUGGAAGAGGAAAUGCUUGUCCAACAUGUGAUAAAAUAAUGGAAGAAAACUUCAAAACAGAGAACUAUUGUGGAUUCCUGACGAAACCUGGUGGUCCACUGAGUGCUUGUUAUGCCAUCAUAAACCCUGAUCCCUACUUCAACAACUGCAUCUAUGACCUGUGCGCUGGUGUCCUAGAGCAUCGCGUGAAGAAGAAAAUGGAAGAGCUGUGGAGUGUUGAUGGCACCUCUAACAGGAAAGUUUACCAGCCUAAUGAAAAAGUUUUAUCCAAUGACUGUAAAGUAGCUUGCACCUGUAGCCCAACGGGUAGACUCGUGUGUGAGGACACCGAAUGUACAGCUGAUGAGAAGUGCCAAUUGAAAGAUGGCAUUGUGGCUUGUGUUAAUAAAGAUCCAUGCAAGUCAAUGAACUGUAGGAUCAAGGAAACUUGCAAGAUACAAGAUGGAAAACCAGUCUGUGUCCCAGAUUUCACAGGCACCUGCUGGGCAUGGGGUGACCCCCAUUAUCACACUUUUGAUGGAUACAACUAUGACUUCCAGGGAACUUGCACAUAUGUCCUGUCCAAAUAUGAAGGCGGAGAUGCUGGUCUAGUUCCAUUUAAAAUUGAAGAGAAGAAUGACAAUCGAGGAACUCAGGCCGUGUCAUAUGUCAGAACUGUGACCAUCUAUAUAUAUGGAAACAAGAUAGCCAUUAUGAAGGGUGAAUUUGGAAAAGUUAGGGUCAAUGAUGUCAUUACCAAUCUGCCAGUGACACUGUUAGAUGGAAAGAUCUCAGCCGGUAUCAGUGGUCUUAAUGCUGUGAUACAUACAGACUUUGGCCUCCAGGUGACUUAUGAAUAUAACUGGCACGUGGUAGUCACACUCUCCAGCAGCUACUACGGCCUUACGCAGGGUCUCUGUGGAAACUUCAACCAAAAAAUAGGAGAUGAGUUGAUAACGGCAGACAACAAAGCUGUCACCUCCAUUAUAGACUGGGCCAAGAGUUGGAAAGUCAAUGAUAGAGAUCCCUUCUGCUUUGACUACUGUCCUGGACUCAACUGCCCAACCUGUGAUGAUGCCAAGAAGAACCAGUAUGGAGAUGACAAGAAAUGUGGUCUUAUUAGAAAAGUUGCAGAUGGACCCUUCAGGGAGUGUCACCAGAAAGUUAACCCAGACAAUUUCUUUGAUAGCUGUUUGUACGAUGUUUGCAUUAAUGGCGGUGCUAACCAGUUCUUGUGCCAAGCCCUCAGUGCUUACGCCAGCACCUGCAGGAAACAAGGAGCUAAAAUAUAUGAUUGGAGAACACCAUCAGGAUGUGUUAUGCCCUGUCGUCCAAACAGUCAUUAUGAGUUCUGUGGAAAUGCCUGCCCGGCUACUUGUACUGAUCGCUCUGAUCCAUCACGAUGCAUCGAUGACUGUGUGGAGACCUGCCAGUGUAAUGAUGGCUUUGUCCUUAGUGGUGACACAUGUGUUCCCACAACAGGUUGUGGCUGCUUUUACAAUGGUGCCUACUACCAAGCAAACCAAGAAUUCUGGGCUGAUGACAACUGCCGUACGCUAUGUAAAUGUGAUCCAAGUGUUGGCAUGGUGGUCUGCAAGCAGAGCAGCUGUAAAGCCGGUGAAAGGUGCAUGCUAAAUAAUGGUGUUAGAAGCUGUGAACCCGUUAGCUUCUCCACAUGUACAGGCUCUGGAGAUCCACACUAUACAACCUUUGAUGGCAAAAAAUAUGACUUUAUGGGUACCUGCGUAUACCAAUUAGUUGGUGUGACCUCCGCUAACCCAUCAAUACCUCGUUUUAAGGUCACAGUGCAGAAUAAUAACCGUGGUGGAAACAAAGCAGUAUCCUACACAAAAUUGGUUACGCUGGAGGUUUAUGAUAUGGUAUUGACUCUAAACAUGGACUACCCUCGUCGUAUUUUGAUCGAUGGAGUGGUUACAUCUCUUCCAUUUUACUUCCAAACUAACAAAGUUUUAGCCUACAACAGUGGCAGCCAAGGAAUCAUAAAAACAGAUUUUUAUGUCACCAUCACAUUUGACUGGAACAGCUAUGUGGCAGUGACCGUACCCAGUACCUAUCAAAAUGCUCUUGGUGGUUUGUGUGGCAAUUAUAACAAAAAUCCAAAUGAUGACUUCAUCAUGAAGGAUGGAAGAUCAACUUUGAAUGCUGUUCAGUUUGGUAACAGUUGGAAAGUAGGUGAUGUCCCUGGCUGUUCACCAGAGUGUACAGGAAGCUGUCCUCUAUGUUCUGAAGCCCAAAAACAACAGUACAAGACAGAGAAAUACUGUGGGUUAAUUAAUAAGCCCAAUGGGCCAUUCAGUCAAUGCUACACAAUUGUUGACCUAAACCCUCUCUUUAAUGAUUGUAUUUUUGAUGCCUGCCAAUACCAAGGACACCCAUCAUCCUUCUGUAGUGUCAUUGCUCUCUAUGUGGCUGCUUGUCAGGCAGCUGGUGUCAAGUUACAAGAAUGGAGAUCGCCAUCUUUCUGCUGUUUAUCCUGCCCAGCAAAUAGCCACUAUGAAUUGUGUGGAAAUUCCUGCCCCGUCACUUGCCAAGGGUUGUCCUCACCAACUGGUUGUGACUCACCAUGUAAGGAAGGUUGCUACUGUGAUGAUGGAUACAUCAUGAGUGGUCACAAAUGCGUUCCUGUUGCUGACUGCGGUUGUGUAUAUCAAGAUAGAUAUUAUCAGAAGAAUGAGAUCUUCUUUCCCAAGGGUCAGUGCAGUGAGAAGUGCCAGUGCGGUGCUGAAGGCAUUGUCAGAUGUAAAUCAGAAGCCUGUGGACCUGAAGAAGAAUGCAAAUUAGUCAAUGGAGUUUGGGGAUGCCAAGCAAAAGAGUAUGGAUGGUGUGUGGCUUCAGGAGAUCCACACUACACCUCUUUUGACGGCCUCAAAUUCGACUUCCAAGGUACUUGCACAUACACUUUUGCAAAGGUUGUUGAGGAUGACCCUUGUUUGGUGAAGUUCUCUAUUGCUGUUGAAAAUGAAAGCUAUGGAAACGGUAAAGUUGCUGUGACAAGGCUUGUGGUGGUGUCUGUAUAUGGUUACACGAUAGCCAUUGAAAGAAACAUGAGAUCGAAAGUCAAGGUUGAUGGAGAGCUCAUCAAACUUCCACUGGUGUUAGGUGAUGACAAUAUUCUAGUCAAUCAAGAAGGAAACAAUGUUAUCUUGCAAACAGACUUUGGUCUGAAGAUUCUUUAUGAUACCAUUUACCAUGUGGUCCUUAGUAUUCCAAGCACUUACCGUGACAAGAUGGGUGGCCUCUGUGGCAACUUCAAUGGUAACAAAAAUGAUGAAUUCCAGCUUCCCAACAAACAGAUUGUCAAGAAUGUGAAUGUGUUUGGGUUCUCCUGGAAAGUUAACAUUGCCGGAGUGAAGUGCAGUGAUGGGUGUAAUGAAGGAGAGUGUCCAGUAUGUGCAGAGACCAAGCUUCAACCUUUCAAGGCCACAUCUUCUUGCGGUAUGAUCACAAACCCAUCUGGGCCAUUUAGAUCAUGUCAUUCAAAGAUCAACCCAGAUGCAUAUUUCAACGACUGCAUCUAUGACUCCUGUGCUGUUGAUGGAAAAGAUGAAAUUCUGUGCAAGAGCCUCCAGGCCUAUGCAGCUGCUUGUCAGACUGUUGGAGUUACUAUUGGCUCUUGGAGAACCCCAGCAUUCUGUCCUAUGUCCUGUCCAGCAAACAGUCAUUAUGAAAUUUGCACUAGAACUUGUGAACAAACUUGCUUGGGGCUCAUUGCACCAACGAGAUGUACAGACAGAUGCUUUGAAGGCUGUGAAUGUAACGCUGGAUAUUUGCUGGAUGGAGAAAAAUGUGUCACAAGGGGCACAUGUGGAUGUUCAUUUAAUGGAAGAUACAUGAGUGAGGGUGAGUCUUUUAUCACAACAGAUUGUACCAGACAAUGUAAAUGCCAGGCUGGAGGUGUAACCUGCACCAAGAUAAAAUGUGGUGACAAGGAACGAUGCGGUUUAGUGAAUGGAAUUCGUGGUUGCUACAAGGUGGAAGGUGUAUGCUCUAUGAGCUCUCAGAAGUUUGUUACAUUUGAUGGCCUCACUGGUGGACCUAUUGGAAAUGGUCCUGUAGAGGUGGCAUCUCUAUGUAAUGACAAGGCUCCUGGAUGGUUCAGAGUUAUCGCAGAUAUCCAGAAUUGUGUAAAGGCUGCAUCAGUGGCUAGGCUUCAUAUCUUCCUUGACAGUUCUCUGGUGACCAUCUCUAAAGACAAGGAAGCAUGGGUGAAUGGACGUUUGGAACGUCUCCCUGCUACGUCUGGUAUUCUGUCAACCAAUGUUGGGGAGAACUCUGUUUUUAUCCAGAUUGGUGCUGAUUUGAAGAUUGAGUUGACCAACAGUGGUAGUCUUGUUCUCAGUGUCUCUGAAAAAUUGUCUGAAGUUCUUUGUGGAGCUUGUGGAAACUUCAAUGGUGACAUUUCUGAUGACCUUAAGACUCCAGGAGGACAGGCAGUUGCUGAUAUUUUACAGCUUGUAUCAUCAUGGAGAGCUCGGGACUUAAGCAGUUGGUUCAUGAUGACCGUUGAAGGAUCUCCAAUCAGCAGACAAGAAGACCCCGAGAUCAAGCAGGUGCCUGGGAUCAAUCCAAAGGCUUAUUAUCAGAGAUACUUGUCUGGACCUGAGACUCAGAGGGCAGACCUGGAUGCAGCCCUGAAGCUCAAAGAGACCCAGAUCAAAGUCAGGUUCCAGAACAGGAGAUACAAGACGAAGAGAAAGCUGAUAACCAAGCAGCAGGCAGUGAAGUGCCAUGCCAAGCAGGUGGCAUUCAGGGUGCUAUUCAAAACAAUCAUGGUCAUCAUUUGA